GCACCCCGGGGAGGGGGCGGCCGCCUCGGGGGGGUUUUCCUCCGCCGCCGGGAGCCGGAUGGGUGCUCGGCUGUUAUUUGCUGCUGCGAGAUCGGGUCGCUGGUAAAUUACAGAAAGCAGCCCUCCUCCUCCUCCUUCCCCCCCUUCAACCCCCCCGCCAGCCGCUUCGCUCUUCCUCCUCUCGGGUUUAUUUGCAAUGUAUGAAACUUGCAUGGCUGUGAGGAGAGCCGAUCCAGUGUAGGUUUGCGAGGAGGAGGAGGAGGAGGAGGAGGAGGACGGGGAAGGCAGGGUUGGAGGCAGGGGAAGGGAGGCAGUCGCGUUAAUCCCGGGCGCCGCACGGCAGCAGGUUUGCGUUUAGCAAUAUCGGUGGCGGCCCGCCGCCGCUGAAUGAGGAAGGUAAAACGAAGCGAUGCGAGAGCCGCCGAGGCGACAUGUACGGCGGCGGGGCGAGAGGCACCGGCAGGCAGCUGCCCGCCCCCUCCCUGCCUGCCUGCCUGCCUGCCUCUCUCCCUGCCUGCCUCCUCCCUCCCUCCCUCCCCGCCGGGGCGGGGAAGGACCGUGCCCGGGUCUCCCCCGCUCGUCCGCCGCCAGCCGAGCCGGGGGGCCGCGGGGCUUUAACCGUGCGCGGGGCGGAUUCGCCACUUUUUUUCCGGGGGGAGGCCCGCGGUUAAAAGUUUUUUUCCGGAGGUCACUAUCACAUGACAAAGGCUUUGAGACAGCUUCAUCUUCGUCUGUCUGUAAUUUCCAUUUGCCUUCCUGGGUCACAGUAAUGAAAGGCAGUAGUAGGAAUAAGGAUCAUUCGACAGAAGGAGAAGGAACUGGGAAACGACCAAAAAGAAAGUGUCUUCAGUGGCAUCCCCUGCUUGCCAAGAAACUCCUUGACUUCUCUGAAGAGGAGGAGGAGGAAGAAGAAGAGGAAGAUAUUGAUAAGGUGCCACUCCUUGGCGCUGAUGGUUUAGAGCAGGAUGCUGAUGAAACUGAAGAUGACGAGUCCUCAGAGCAACGAGCUCGCCGACCAAUGAAUGCAUUUCUCUUGUUCUGCAAACGCCAUCGCUCGCUCGUGCGAAAAGAGCACCCUCGCCUCGAUAAUCGUGGCGCGACCAAGAUCUUGGCAGAUUGGUGGGCUGUCCUAGAUCCAAAAGAAAAGCAGAAAUACACUGACAUGGCCAAGGAGUACAAAGAUGCAUUUAUGAAGGCAAAUCCAGGAUACAAGUGGUGCCCCACAACGAACAAACCUGUGAAAACACAACCAUCCACUGUCACAAACAGGAAAAAACUUUGGGCCUUUGCAUCAGACUCCACAAAAGACUUACCAAGCCCGAAGAAAGGGAGUAAAAGUGAAGAAAUGCCACAGCUUAACUUCGGGAUGGCAGAUCCUACACAAAUGGGAGGCCUGAGUAUGCUGCUUCUAGCAGGGGAACAUGCCCUGACUGCACAAGAGGUUUCCUCAAGUACCUGCCAGUCUGAUGGAACUAAUUCUACAGAAGCCUGUCAGAAGUCAUCAUUGUUUCAGUUUGCAGAGAUCUCUUCAUGCACAUCACAGCCUGGAGUCCCGGGAGCUGUAAAACAAACUGAGGAGUCUGCAUUGUUUCAGUUUGCUGAGAUCUCAUCAAAUACUUCCCAGUUGUCAAGUCCUGAGCCAGUAAAGUACUGUGGGAAGUCGGCACUCUUCCAGUUGGCAGAGAUUUCUUCAAGUACAUCCCAUUCAGGUCCUUCCGAUUUAACAAAACAGUGUGGAACAUCAGCAUUAUUUCAGCUGGCAGAGAUGUGCCUUGCUUCAGAAGGAGUAAAAGUGAAAGAACCUGGGAAGACAAAAGUGGAAGCACGGGAAGAUGUGGGAAGGGAAGUUCCAGAGGAAAUGGAAGUAGACCUGGAGCAAACAACAAUAAAAGACUCCUGUAAAGGAAAACUAGAACAAUCAGAGUCAGAGAAAAUGCAAAACCGGGAUGAGACAAAAGCUGAGGAAUCACAGACUGCAAAAUGCAGAGAUUUUACUAGUCUUGCAAUGGAGAACAGUCCUUUUGAGAGAAAUGAUAACACAAAGGAUCACAUGUGCUGUUCUCCAGAGCUUUCAAUGGCUGACAUGAAUAUCCUCGGGCUAAAGCCAGAAAAGAUAAAGAAGAAAAAGAAAAAAAAUAAGCUGGACCGGCACACAAAUGAAAAAUCCACCCCCAAGAAACCUUGUAAAAAGAGACAGUCCUCCGAGUCGGACAUUGAAAGUGUAAUGUAUACAAUUGAAGCCGUUGCAAAGGGGGACUGGGGUGCCGAGAGACUCGCGGAAGCUCCCCGCAAAAAAAAACGCCCUGUCUCAAAUGUGAAGGGAAGCGUGUUGGAUACAAAAUCACCAAAGAAAAAAGUUAAAUCAAAAGAGAAGAAAACAUCAAAGGAGAAACCCAUGGAGACCACCAAAGAAUCAAAGCCUCCCGAUUUCCUUAGUAUUGCAGCCAGCAAGGAAGUACCGUGUGAGGCUUCUGAUAACAUUAAAGUGGAACCACUGACCCCAACAGAGGAGGUGGUACCCCAGAGCUUACCGGGACAGGUCAAAACUGAGGACAGUGACUGUGUUAAAAAGAUAGAAACCUGUGGCUCCAGGAAAUCGGAGAGAUCUUGCAAAGGUGCUCUUUAUAAAACUCUGGUGUCAGAGGGCAUGCUCACAUCUCUGCGCGCUAACGUGGACAGAGGAAAAAGAAGCUCAGGAAAAGGCAACUCCUCAGAUCAUGAAGGAUGCUGGAAUGAAGAAAACUGGGCUUUUUCACAAAGUGGGACAAGCGGGAACAAAAAACUGAAAAAGCCUAAGCCAAAGGAAGAGUUUGUUUUCGGCUUAGCAAAGUUGGAAGAAGAAUUUGAAAAGAAAUUCAACAGCCUCCCUCAAUACAGUCCCAUUACCUUUGACAGGAAAAAUUCAGCCGUUCCAAGGAAAAAGAGAAAGGUUGGAAGUGGCUCAUCUGAACAACCAAAAUCCAACAAAGGUUCAUUCCAGUCUCAGAAAAAGAACUUAUUCCACAAAAUUGUCAGCAAAUGUAAACACAGAAAGGAGAAGCUUAAUGUUCCGGACACAGCCAUACUCUUAGAAGACAGAAAUUCCAGUGAGUCUGCUUGGAAGAAUAAAAUUUCUGUAUCUGCCCUAAACACUCCAGAGCCAGCAAUGAUGCAUGAGCCUUUAGUUGGCAGCCAGAAAAGGAAAGCAAGGAAAACUAAGAUCACACAUCUUGUCCGAACAGCAGACGGUCGAGUGUCACCAGCAGGAGGGACACUGGAGGAGAAGCCAAAAGAGCUGCCACAAAGUACUCUUCAAAAAACAUCAAGUGCAGAAACAGAUUGCAACAGUGAAUGCUCCAGAAAUGCAGAGACAGAAGAAAAUCAUAGUAUUACAUCAGAUAUGCCAGCGGUGUCUGCAUUUUUUAGCUUAGCUGCUCUGGCAGAAGUAGCAGCCAUGGAAAACGUACACAGAAGUCAGAGGGCCACACCUCUCCCACAUGAUGGACAGCCAAAUGAAAUGUCUCAGGCUCCAGUGCUUAUUUCCUGUGCUGACCAGUGAAGCUCCACUUUAUUGUAAAACAUUGUGCUUUACCUAAUAUCCUAGCCUUGUCUUUACCAAGGGAAGCUAGUCAGUCCAUAUGAUGGAAACUAUAGACUGCAAGCAAGUGCUUAUUGCUCUGAGUGGCCCAGAAUUCACUGGAAGCCAGACGUUAGCAACUUGGGCCAGGUCCUCAAAUCGGAACCCAGUAUGUAGGAGAGUGAUAUUAAUUGUCUAUGAAUGAACAGAAAUGGAAUGAUCCCAGAGCUUGCUUUCUAUUGAAGGCUUUUAAACAGUAAAUAGGUGGUUGGUGUGAAAAAGGCUGCCUUUACUGUUAGCUCACACAGCAUCUCUUUUACCAACCAGAGAGUAUGGCAACUAGUUUCGUAUAAUACCUAGUUAUUCUAAAUGAAAAUGAAAAAAAAAAAAAAAAAAGAAAAACCAACAACAACAAAAACACUGACGCACUGCACUAGUUAUUAUUAGAUAUUCUUAGUCAUUUUUGUACAUGAAGAUUUAAGUUCUAAGAUGGUUUAUAUUAAUAGGUUAUGCCUACGUUUAUAUUGUAGAAUGAAUUUAAAACCUGUUCCAGAGAACUCAAGGCAGCCUGGACAGAUGUACCAUUGUUAGCGGUGUUUGGGCAGCCAUGUGGUCCAGAUGUUCUGCACUUUUAUAUUUGCCACCGGAGUGGUAGAGUUUACUGGGAAAAAUUCUGACAGGCUAUGUUUGGGUUUAUUUCUUUUUAAUUUAGCUUUGAAUAACAGGAUGAUGUGCAUUAGAAAAAGGAGUGGUGUAUGGAAAAGAAAAUACUGCAGAUACUGACUUGUCUUUCAUGCCUUGAAGGUUACCUUUAUUUUUGCAUAGAUACCUGAGCGACUUGGUGAAACUUUCCUGUAAACAAAAAGUACUGCAAAUGCGUUUCUCAAAAGUGACCUUAGUAUUAUUUCACCGUUCUGAAAAACCUAAAACCGUGACUUUUCAAUAUACAUGUACACCAAUACACAUACAUUUUACAGUCACUGGCAUUGUUGUAGUUACUAUGCACAGUCCAAAUCAGCUUCAGAGUUUGCGUAAAGGGCCAAUUACAGUUUGUGUUGGUGAAGUGACAAGUUGUAUACAGAUAAACUACAAACGAAGAGUAAGGCUUGACUGAAUUCAGACUACCAAACAGAUCCAUCUGCCAGUUUCUGUCUUUGCUUGUGUUGAAUUUUUGUGUUUUGCUCUCAUAAAUACAUCCCAAAAGCAGGCGAAGUGUAUCACUUGGCCUGUUACCUUCGCUAUCUUGACUUACACUAUUGUAUAACCAAGCAUUGAUUCCUACCAAUAGAUGCGAAACGAUCACUAGUAAUUGAUCUAAAGCUACAAAUUCAACAGGGUACUUCUUCUAUAGCACAAGAUGUUUCCCUACUUUUUGCAUUGUAGCACAACAAUGUACCAAAUUGGACUCCAGCAAUAAUUUUCUAUUAGUCUUCGUCAUACCGGCUGAACUUUUGAUAGUAUUAGAUUGAGUUUGAAGUUCUUUGAAUUAAGUCUUUAAAUGAUGCGAGUUUACAUCAUUCUAUCAGGCAUUCUUAUUUAUACUUGACUGAAUUGAUAAUGUGUUUGGGGGUUAUUUUGUAACUAAUUUGAUGUAAUAGCCAUAUGGACGGUAACUCUAUUAAUGCUUGCUAGGUUUAGCCUUUCAUUGUUGUAGUUCAGUGAAAGUCUUUGGUUCAGUGUCAGGAAACAAUAUACAACAUACCACGCGAGUUGUAAUAAAGGAUGAAAGGUCUGACAAAAGGCAGGUAGCUGGGGAAGUCUCACUGAAACAAACAGCACCAUCGAGGAUGCACGAGUUGGAAGAAGGGAAUAACAGCAAAAGAACAACAACAUUUACGAGCCAAUGAGUCAGUGAAAAGGCUUUUUAAAAAUUCAGGUGAAUACAUGACUGAGAGCCCCUAGAAUGCCAUUGCAGCCUAUGGCAGUAUUUUUAAUAAGAUUUUAUUAAAGUUUUAUAAGUUAUUUUAACAAGACAGGAAAAACUUAAGAUACUUAAAACCGUUGGGUCACAGCAAGGUGGCUGUUGGAGUUUUGGACCACUUUAUAAUUAGCUGAAAUCCAAAUAUGUUACAGUGCAGACCGUUCACGUUGACAAUGGUACUAACUUAUUUCUCUAGAAACCUUUAGAGUAGAUAUAUUUUUGUCAAAGCACCCCAUCCUUCCUCGAUUUAAAUUUCAAUAUUGUUCCUGAAGAUAUUUCUGUAUAUUAAUGGUACCUUUUUUAAAAGAAACAGAAAAUUACUUUUUUCUAUAUGAAUUAAUAUCUUACUUGAUCUGCUUUUCCUUGACUUUCCCUUAGAGAGGGGGUAGGGUUGGGUCAGUUUACUGGAUAUGACUGUUUUCAGAUACUUAUAAACCUUUUUGUAGAUAUGCUUAAUUUUUAAGCGAUUAGGCACUGAGAGUAGCAGAAAUCCUGCAAAGCUUUAUAGUUCACUAGGCAUUUGCCUUUGUUGGUUCUCUGAGUGAUGUCUUGAUUUCAGUAGCUAGAAUUUUCCCUGAAUCUACUAGAAGGGGUAUCAGUAUUUUCAGGUAACAAAGUCUGUUAGCACAACAACAAUUUCAGACCAAUAUCUUACUGUAUUGGGGUUGGGUUUUUUCCUUGUUUGUUUUGUUUUAAUUUUUAUUAAUUUCAGCUGCUUUCGUUUUGGAAAAUCUUACUGCUAUUGUGUGUACUUCAGUAUACCAGCAAACACUGUUACCCGUUAACACAUUGUCCACAAAUGCCUCUAGAGAAGAAAUAUUGCACCUUAUGUAUAUCUCAAGCAAACCAAAAUAUGAUGCUUUUCUCCUUUGUUUAUUCUGAAUAUGUUGUAUCAUACUUUACUGAACCCAUUUUAACUUAGCUAAAGCUAUCGAUAUUUAUGCAUUUCGCGUUAUUUUCUGGAUCUGAACCUGUGUAUAAAUCUUUCUUUAAAAAAAAAAAAAAAAGAAAAGCAUUUACCGUAGUCGUCCUCUGUGACUUACCCAUGGGAAGGGGGGAAUCUUGUCUCAAGUGUAAAAUGCAGUACUGUCCCAGUUUUCCUUGGCUUUUAUUUAUUUAGUGAUCUUUGAUACUUCAUAUGUAGUUUUGAGGUAUACAAAAUACAUUGUCGUAGCUGAAGCUACAGAUCUAAGCAGCUGGGAGAAGAAAAUUACUGCAAUGUCUUCUUAAUUGUUCUAGUACUGUAUACAAAUACGGGAAAAAUGUUCUGCAGAACAUUUGAGAUGCAGAUUCUUAUCCCCACAGUAGGUUAUUUUCCAGAUAAUAGACCAAAUCAAUCAAAACUCGAUGAUCUUAAAGGUCUUUUGGAAUCUAAAUGAUUCUGUGAUUCUGAAAACAUCUAUGGAGAUUACUUAAUGCUCUGCUUAUGGCAGUAACUACCCCUUGAAUGUGCUGUGAUUUCAGAAAUAGAAUAUAUUUAUUUAAGAUGACUGAAUGCUCUUUUAUACUAAUACAAUAUCCCAAAGUCAUGAGCAAGAGACUUCUUGGUAGUUUGGGUUUCUAUUUUAUAGCAUUGGUGCAUGACUUUUGAAAUUAAAGUGAUAAGCGUUGUUGGAAAGGGGCACAGGAACCGAGGGACUGGUAGAAGCGUGUGAACUUGUGGUGUUUAAAUUCCAGCUUUGGUCUUUAUUAUUUGGGUGAAAGCUGUCUUUGUAGCACAAGGCCGAAGAGCACUCUGCAGUUUGUAUCAAGUAGAAACCCAAGAGAGGUGUAACUCACUUCAGAACGAGGGAAUGCCUUAUAGUUUGGAUGCUGUCUUUUGGAACAGGAUAUUAAAUUGAAGCAGUUUUAGUUUCCACUGCCUGUUUAGCUACUGUACGGAUACUGAACAGACUGUAGGCAACAGUUGUAAACGUGGGACAGCUAAGAGAGGAUGUAAGGAAAGCUGGCCUUUGGUCCCAGUAUGGCAAAGUUAUGGCAACAAAGAGGAAUUAGGAAAAAAGAGAGAUGUAUAUAUAUAUGUGUGUGUGUGUGUGUGUGUGCACGUAUGCGUGUGUCCCUGGGUGUGUACCUUCUGCAAAAACAAAAACGUAGGAAAAACAAAAACAUGAUGGGUCCACAAGAGACUAUAAUGUAUGUUGACCCUUUGAGUGCACUCCCUUUUUUUGAAUGCUGAGUCUAAUAUGGCUACCUCUUCUAAAAGACUACUUUUGUUAACUUCCAUUUGCUUUCAGGCUUGAUCGUGUAAUCUUUUCAGCCAUUGAUACCAUUUGUAUAUCGCUGUGUGCUUUACUUUCAAAGAGCAACGUUUAUGUAGCGCAGACAACGUAAAGGCUGAAUAUACAGCGGUAGCCAAACUAUGUUGCUGGAGCAUUUUUGUUUAACCUCUGCCACAGUCAUAUGGGUUGAAGGAUGUGGGCCUGCUAGCUCUGGUUGGUUCAGCGAGAUCGGUUUUUGUAACAGCAGAAAAUGCAGUGCUCAUGGAGUGGUGGACUUGAGAUAUUGCCAGAGGUGACGCAGUAAGCCAAAUGCUGCUCUUGAAACUCAUUCUGGAGUUUACGUUUGCAGUCCUGAUUUCGCAAGGAAACAUAACUCUGCAACUUGUGUGUUGUAUACCAUACAUGAUCCAUUAGAUGCCGUUUGUUUGCCGUGCUUGUUUGAUCGAUUGUAGAGCUCCUAGGUACCUUUGCCAUGAUUUGUAAUACUUGUGGCAUUCUCCUUACCUUGUGCGUAUAUUGUGGAACUGCCACCUACAGCUGCCAGGAUGCUGAGGCACUUCAAGACACUGAGCACCGUGAAGGGGUGCAUUUAGGCUCUGGGAGAGUUACUUGCCUCCUCCCUUGAAUUCCCCAAUAAAAAGUCACGGUGAGGUUUAUGCUCUCACCUAAGUACUAUUAUAGUCAUUUAUAUAAUCGGUAUUUUCUACUGAAUUGACUACUUUGAAGAAGCUUAUGAGAUGGAUGUGUAUUUUAUGUUCCCCUACUAAUUCUUCUAAGGCAGAAAUCUAGGAAGACUUGACAUAGAUCUCCACUCGGCCACACACCUAAGCUUACGCUGAAAACCAUCCCUACUUAAGGGACAGCAUCGUUGUUUGCACUGUGACAGUGCAGGAGCCCCAGUUACGGACCACCGCGCUCUUGGGGUUAAGCUUGGGCUUCCGUGAUGUUCCUGGGGGAGGCACGUCGUCGUGACCUAGGGCCUUCAUUGACACGGAAUUUUAAAAACGACUGCAAGUAACUUAACAUUUAUUGAGUUCUUCCAAAGAAUAUUGUCAUUUCUGGGUCUUGACUGUUACCGUAUACCAGCAGACCCACACUGUACUCUACUGGAAAAAACCACACUCGUGCAGGCUAACUAACCAGGCUUCCAAAUGUAAUGGUCUAAUCUACUCUUUUCACUCCUGCAACUGAAACCUGAUUUUCCCACACACACUGCUACGCUUAAAUCAGUGGUUGGGGCUUUUAGGGUGACAAAGGCAAGAGAGACAUAUAUGUGCCUGUGUCUGUGUGGAUGCAUGCAUAUGUAUACACACACACAUCGGAGGGCAGUGACUUGCGACAUGUUCUCUCUACAAAGUGCUCCCGUGUUAUGUCAUAAAACAACACGAGGUUUCUCAGACGAUAGUUUUCCAACUUUCUUGCUAGAUUUCCAUCUCUUUCCCUCACAUUACACCACAAGGUGUGAUUUUUGAAAAUCACCACAGAUCCUGCUGACCUGGGUGCUACAGAAACCUUCUUUCUCAGCAGUGCUUGCUUUCAGUAACCAGUAUGUGUUGACAAUUUUAACACAACUGAUUUUCUAUGAUCUUUCUUCCUAGAGCCCAAUCCUUCAACUUCUGUUCUCACACCUAUUUCUACUGAAUUUUGACCCAGUAUUUGGCUUUAUUCUCUCCAAACCUUGGUGUAAACAUGCCUUACAAUAGUUCAUCUCCUUCAAUGGUAUAACAGAGCUACUGCCUUCUUAGAUGUGUGUAGUUAAUAGUCAAUAAGCACAUUUAUAGAAUGUCAUACUUUCUUCAAAAACCUCUAAUUUGAUAUUUUUAAGUGCACAUGUUAAGUCAUGUGUAUAACAUGCUAAAGUACAUUAAACUGUGAUAAUGAAACUGAAUAAAAUAUUUAAUAAAAUAUUUGAAAUAUUUGAUAAGGGCCUUCAAAUAGAUUUCUUUAUGUUCAUUCUAUUUUGGUUAUCUAGUGUGUGCCUGUAAACAGUUUCCCAUUUAAAACUAAUGUUUGCAAAUAAAUACUAUUCAAACAGAGCUUCUUUGAUAUUUCACCUCCUUUACUAUCAAAUGAUUGCUUACUUUAACAUAUGGCUGAGUUAGCAGAAUUUGUUUUUAGCUACAGUCUGAAUUUGUUGGCUUUUUUUAUACUUAAAAAGAAACAAGCUCGUUUUCCACCUGAAAAUGGAAGAUGCCAAAACCCAGAGAUGGAUCCUCAGAACUGUGAGCUGUUGUUUCCUGUCAGCUCAUCCAUUCAACUUCUACACAGUGACUGUGAAAAUGUCGCAUAUUUUGCGAAGAACUUCUGCCCAUUUAUUCUUGCUUACGUGUGUCUAUAACAGGAACUUCCAUUUUAUUUUUAAAAACUUCUGAAGCUGGUUCAGCACUGUUAACAUUGUUGGAAAGAUCGAUAGACCCAUGCAAGUGCCCCAGAAUUCAGUGGAUUUAUAUCGACACAAAGCUGGAGACUGUGGGACAGAGAGAGCCAGGACUCAGUGCAGUUAGGCUGUGGGAGAAAAGUUUGCCUUUUCUCCUGAGCUUUCCAAGUAUCUAUCCACUUUGUGUUUCUGGAUUUUGUCUUAUUGCACAACUGCGAAUUUCGUUUAUAGGCUACAGAGAAGUCACCUCACGUGAAGAAGCCCUUGCUGUGCUUUCAGUCCUUGGACACUAAGAGAACUUACUCAGACAUGAAUUCUCUUCUAGAAAUAAGUAGCAAGUGUCAUCAAUGUCUAAACUCAAAGGUCUCUGCUACUUUGGAAACAUUUAAACCAGGACUAUGUUCUGCCCAUAUAUUUUACCCUCUUGAAGCUUGAAAAUUAGACUGUUUGGGAUCUUGUCUUUCCCUGUCCUUGGAUGCCUGAAGCCUCCUUGAUUUCAUUGUAUUUUUCUGAUCACAGAAGACCCAAGUCCAGACUUAAUGAAGCCAGUGGACACCAGUUGUUCACAUGGGAGCAGAACUCCUGUCUCUGAGUCAAAAGUAGCAGAAGGGAAGCCUUUAGGUUGUUUUGUUUUGUUUUGUUUUGUUUUAACUAUGUGCCAUUUACUCAGGAAAGAAAUGUACACAAUCUUGCACUGCUUUUACUGGUUAUGCAUCAGUACAUCUGCAGAGAAACCCCAGGAAUGGAAGAGCUUCAGCAUUAAAGGCCAUGUGAAGGUCAUACUUGGGGAAGGGGGAGAAAAGCUCUGAUUCAGUGAGCAAAAAAAGAUGGAAGAAAUCUUAAGAAAUAUAUAUUCUCUCAGUAUAGUAUGCCAAGUCAGGGACACUGAAAUCAUUAAAUUACCUUAAUACAGUCAUCUUCAUUCCUCAAACUCCCAUCUUUUGUCAUCUGCUCUCAUUUUCUUCCAACAAAAGACCUGCUGAAUUCAGCUAGUGCUCGGUGCAUCUAGAUCUGGUUUGUUACCCAGCUCUCACUCACAUUGCUUCUUGCAGCUGCAUGGCAUUGCACUGACACGUUCUUAACUGUCAGGUAAGAUAAAGUUCCACUAGUACUUUUGGAAAAACAUGGGGCAGAAAGGCAUCAUCCUCCUCAAGCGCCAUGCUUCUGCCAGGCGCGCCAACGUUCUCCCCUCGAUACCAUUUGUGGGCUCCUUUUUGUCAUUCAUCCUGGAAUUUUCUAACGUGCAGCUAACCCUGCUUUCAAACAGACUUUUUUUUUUUUCCUAUAACGUGAUAACAUUAAAUGAGAUACAAAGUACACUUGAGCAUACCGUAACCAUGCUAUAUACCAGCUUGGGAAGCUGUCGAUUCUUCAUUAGGACACUAGCACUUUGUAACAAAACACGAGAUGCGUUCCUAUAUCUGCUGCAAAGUUCUGUUUUGUUAUGUUUUCAGAAAUAAAACCUGUAAGAUAUAACGCCUACCAUCUAUUCAGUGUCAACUUAUUUUCGUGGACUGAUCUUGGCACAGCAACAGUAAUAAAUGGAGCUCCAAUAUAGUUGUGUUUAAAAUGUAUGCUAGAUUUCAGAUAGGCUUCAUUGGUUACUUUCUGAUAGGAGAAGAUAACAUUAGAUCUUCAGCAGAAGUAAGCUAAACUGAAACUCCAGUUGAAAUUCCAGCCUAUAUAAAGUUUAUUCCAUAUAUAGCAGCACUUCAACCUAUUUGACAGCCUGUGAAACAAGAGGAACUAGUUGAAAUAGACCCAAGAAUCAAACCAUUUGAGUCAGAAUGUCAGGCUUAGCACCUAAGUGUAAUUUUCUGCAUGCAAACACGUAAUACUUUAGUCCACUCUGUAGCAUUUUGUUUAUGACUUGCAUUUUGUGAGUGUUUGGAUAUGGAGAAGUAACACUGAGAGCAUCAGGUGUGUUUAUUAGUUUGCACACAAAGAGAAGGCAUGUGUUGGCAUCAAGCAAUCACCAGUUCAAGAACAAAGAAAGGGGAAGGAAAAAAAUUGAGCUCUCUGGAGUUCUCCUUCCAAUCCAAAAUAAGUAUUUGGAGUAUAUCUUAAAAGUUAGAUACGUGGCCCACCAAAGGCUUCCCAGUCAUAACAGACCGUCAGGCUUCAGUCAGAUCAACCUGAGCAUCAAUUCCCUUCCUUCCAUGGUCUGGGUGGGUUCCCUUAAUACUUGGUCGACACCUAGAGUUAUGGUUUCAUUUCAGGCUUACCUAGUAUGAAAAAUCUUGAUUCCUAGAUGUUUUCAUGAGUGAGUUUCUUAAAAUAAUACUGCUGCUGGAGGUCUUAAGACUCAGCAGCAGGUCUGGUAUCUGAGAUACCAACCUCAGAAAGUUUACCAUAAUGGGAUUUCUGUUCUAAUUGGGGCCCUCUAAAUGCUGCUGUCUUAUCACUGUGGGUUAUUGAAACCUUUUGCCAUCUUCCAGGAGUUAAGGAGAAUUUGGAAGCCAGUCCCAAUCUGUCAGUAAUUUAAGACACUUUGUUUUGGUGUUGGUGUCCAGUAAUAGUGGCUUUUGUAAUGCCACGAAGUCUUUCUACAGCCCUACCUCUCAGCUAUGCACGCCACGGUAAACCUGGGAUCUUGAGCUUGUGUGUUUUCAGUCUUGCGGCUAGUGGCUUCCAUUCAGAUGGCUUGCAGCACGCCAUCGCCGUUAGCGUAGGUCAGGGCGAUGUCAUUUGAAGCAAAUUCAUGGCAUGUCUGUCUCUGACAGGCAGGCGGUUCCCUGUUACAUUCGGAGGUGUUCCGUCUGGUUCGGUGCUCGCUGGCUGGGUCAAGGACCCGUUCUUGCCCGUGGGUGAACCUUUCCGGGGCUCCCAGCGGUGACGUUUGUCACGAAGCCGGGCUCUGAGAGGGGGAGGCUCUUUCGCCACAGGCCUCCCAGCCUCCCCCCUUCAGGACAGCACAGUGUGUCUGUGCCCCAGCAACUUUGCCCAUGCGGCUGGGACCUCUUCUCACCCACAGCUGCUCAGAAUCACUUUUGUAAAACAAAAUGGAACAAACCCAGCUGGGAGCUUGACGGUAAAGUUGGGCCUUCAUGAGCUUUCAGGUUUCAGUAGGCAGUAGUUUGAGAGUGAGGGCUGUAAUGUGUCUUCAGCUAGAGCAUCUAUGUAAAUUGUGUGCAGAGAUUGACAGGUUAUGGCAACAAAGCUGGGUUUCCUUUUGUUUUGAAGAGCAGUGUUUUCUAACGGAAAUAAGGUGUCAGGGAAAUUACCAUCGCAGCAGAUGGACUAUUUCGUUGUCUUCAAGAGGUUCCAAUUUCAAGAGCGGGGUUUGCCAACUGGUCUUUUAAAAAAAAAAAAAAAAGAGGAGAAACUGCAGCUCUAGUCUGUGGCUUGGAAUAGAUGCUGUGUUUUGCUUCAGUGACUGUAGCGAUAAUUUUUCAGUCAGAAGUAGUACGUGAGCUACUUGUGGUGUGAUGCAGCUCUGAACCAUCCCAUUCACUUCUAGAUGACAGAUGUACUUGGCAUGUGGCCUAAGUGUUGUCAACAAGUGCUUCCCUGCAUGUACGUCAUAAAUAAUACCAACGGUUCAUUAUCAUUUUAAUCAGUACUUAAGAAAAUUCUUCCUGCUGUGUUUCAAGAAAAUACAUUGUGCUUGGCUGGCACAAGGCAUAGUUUUACCCUGGAAAGUAACGGAGGGAAGCAUUCACUACACGGCUGUUUAAUCUCGGUACCUAAUUUUUUUCAAAACAUCUUUACUAGCAGCUCUCUGUAGUGUACCAUAUUUAGGAUAUAGUUAAUUCAGCUCUGGGAUCUUUUAAAGUGAAGGUGACUACUUAAUUCUCAUGCAGAAAUCCGCACCAGCAAGGGAAUCUCUUAGGGAUGAAGGGUUGCUGAAGGAUGCCGUUUGCAAAUGCCGGAUCUCACUAGGCGUAGGACAUGCAAGAUGUGCGAUUGCAGACCUUGGAGCCAGGCUGCUGGCAGGUACCGGCACAGGUUCACAGUGUAAUUGUGAUGCCUGGCAUGAGCAGAAAACAAAAGAGCGUAUGGUUUAAGCGUCAGGACAGCUGUGUUUAAAGCCCAUUUGAUUCACUGAGCCCAACACGCUGUCGCUGGCACCGUGUGCUCUGGCCAGGGGGAGUUUGAGGGCUGCUGCAGUGGGAGGCUCCGUUGCCGCGUUGUUUGCUGUUCGUUGGUUCUCUACAGCUCCGCGUUCCUAACUUACCCCUGGCUCCAAAGGUGGUGCCUGGAUGGGUGGCAGCUGCAGCAUGGCGACACUCGGUGCGGUCGUGUUGUCCACGGAGAGGUGCGGCAGCCCCACUGUAGAUUUAAGGCAGUAAAGUGGUAACCAGCGGUUCUCGGGGGCCUCCAGGAUUGCCCUUGCUGCCUCGGGGUGGCCGUGUGCCGUUACCGCCUGCCUCCGAGGACGGUGGCGUGUGGGUUUUAUGGUGGCAGCCGUGGCAGGCCUGAGCGAGCCCCUGGGACGGACUGUUGGGGUCGGUGCUGCAGGAUCCCACGGGAAGAGGCCGUCUGUCCUUGGGUCACCCACAGCUUCGCUUGCGCCAGGCUCUGGGAACGGCAGAAACAGAGAGUGCUCGUAAACGGCCCUUGUAAGAGCGAAGCAGAUUUUUACUCAGUUGAAUCCAUACACACAUAGAAACAGGAUCCAUUCAGUCUUUUAUGGCUUUUUUAUUCAAACUUUCCUGGAAUACACGAUGCCAUGAGGUCUGACAGCUGCACUACUCACGCAGCGUGCACUCUGCACUUGGUUUCUUGUGGGCAAGCGAGGGGAAAGUAUACACACCUUUUACAGAUUUCUGCAUCUACCUGAUAGCAAAAUGUACCUGGCAUACCUUGGUCAUCGGGUGGUUAGAAGAACAGUAAUCUCCAGAUUAUCUGUAAGACUGGCUUCUUAUUUUAGCAUUUUCAAGCAGCAUAUAUGCAGAUACAUUUUUGAAAUGACUAUUUUGUGCGAGCUGUACCCAUGAUACGUUUCAUGUGCGAGGGCCAUGAGAGCACCAUAGUACGUAAGAGUCAGUAUAGAAGCAGCAGUUUCAUACUCACAGACUCUGUUAAUCUACAACUAGUUUUAAAAAACCUAGACAAAAAAUAGAUGUGUGCUGUUCCACCUUGGCAAAGUGAUUUUAUAAUUGACAGCCAAGGGUUGCCAGCAGGGAUUUAAAGGCAUCUUUAACAAUGAGAUAAAAAUAUAUUCUUAAAUAAAAAUUUCUAGGCUUUUAGACCAUUCACAAAACAUUGAAAGUGCUUUGCAGGAUGAGUAAUUUUUUACUACUUUUGGUUAGUAAAACCACCGAUGCGAGUAGUUUGACAAGCUUCAAAUAAAUAGAAAAUGGUGGAUGCCAUUUUUUAGAUGCCACGCGUUGCCUCAGACCUAGAUCAGAGCUCCUUGGCAGCACUGGCCUGUCACACUUGGCAGGGGGAGAACGUGGUGUCAUGUCUGGAAUGCGCAGCUGCCUUCAGCGUCAGACCACCAUCCCGUAAAUCUCAGCCAUUGGAAAUCCAUUGCCAUCAAUAUAGAAGGGGCAUAAACAGUGUAAAAGCUGUUUUAAAAUAAGAACUGGUUGGUUUUUGUCACUUUUGUCAAAUCUGCUGUCCAGCUGAAAAUGCUUUAUAUUUGUUAGAGACAAAUCUCUUCUUGGUGGAAGUUGGGAAUGUCAAGCUUCACUUAGAAAUUUCUCACCUUCCUUUUCAGCCAUCUUGCCUUUCCUCCCCGUUUUUUUCUCGAGCGGCUAAAAUCUUGAUGGACAUCUGUAGCAAAAAGUCCCACUGAUUGUCAGUGGGACAGGCAGUGCCCCACACACCUUCCCAAGCUACUGCACAACUCUGAAAAACCCACAGAGGGGAUUUUUUUGAAUUAGUGGUAUUUUAACAACAGUUUUCCCCAACCAUGGCUGUGCAUUAAACACAGCUCCUGCAAAAAGAUAGGCACGAGGAGGCGGGGUCCUCCAGCGGGGUGGCUGGAGCAGCACUGCUGGGCUCCCCAGGCCCUCCUUGCACUCCGGCUUUCUGUACGAAAGCCCAAGAAGUGCCAGGAGCCCGGCAGGCUUUUGAAGUACAAUAAAUUAUUUCCUCCUCCUUACUUGUUGAGAAUAGAUUCACGGUUUAUGAGGAUUUGCCCUGGUUCAUUUUUGAGCCCGUGGCUUGUUAUAGCAACUAAUGUAGCUUGAGGUCCCAUGCUUUUUCUAAAAAACAAACUAAAAGCCCCUUCGGCGCUAUGUACUAGACCUAUGAUGUUUGCAUUAACUCAUACUAAGCUUUAAGCUGCAAAAUAAAACUCAUCACAUUUCUAAAAUUCUUUCUUAGAGGGGGAAAAAAAAGUCCCCAGACAACUACAUUUUCUUUCUCCACAAUUACUGAAGAAACCUUCAGAUCAAAUAAACAUAAUGCUGGACUUCCCAGCUACCUUGCCCUUACAGCCUCGCGGGUCUAGCCCCCGCGUGGCGUGGAGGAAGCCUGCGGGCUCAGGACCAUGCUGACGUGAAGCAGCGUUGCUUCCCCUCCGGAGAGGGGACCCGGGCUGCCGGGAAGCGGGAGCGGAUGGGGUGGGGUGGGGAUGCCCACCGACCCCCCCAGCGCCCGCCGCAGAAAGCUGCAGCAAGGGCUGCACCUGCAGGCGGCACGUACCGCAGUAAGGGCUGCUGCUCUGCGCGCCUCGUCGGUCAGAAAAACGCCGCUUUUCACCUCUGUAUCUCGUGUUUGGAAGCUGUUGUAGGCGCCGUGUGUGACAGAGCUCGUGUCGGGCGAGCGGUUCUCGGUGGUUCUGUGUUGUUACGGCUGAAGAUUUCCUGCUGGCUGUAGCAGCACCGGACACUUGCCGUUGUGACCUCCGGCCGUCUCCUUGAAAUGCCGUGGUGGUGGUGGUUGUCUCAAGGCACUGUGCACACGGCGUUGCUGCUGAUGCGCAGACAUUUUUAUCCUCGUUGUUACUGGGCAUUGAUUUAAUCAAGAUACAUGAAUUCAGGAAGGAUGCCAUGGAUUUUUGUAAUUAAAUACGUCACUAGGUAGUCUUUUUUUCACCCACGUGAAAUUUAUAAAUGAGAGGGAAACAAAUAAUUCAGAGUGCAGACAAGUGUAUAGGAAAGGCCAGCAUCUCCAUAAAUUAAAUUUUGCAUUUUCCGCUUGUGUUUCUAUGGUGAGGGCAGGUCAGCAAGCCGCUAAAUAAGUGUUCACUGCAGAAAUGCUAAACAGAUGGAUUCCCACAGCCAUCCGCAGGUGAGCGUGGCAGACAGGUGCUGCUGCUGCUGCUGCUGUUUAUUAGCUUCUUGCAUUCCCUGUGGGUUGAUUGCUGUUAAUGCUGUUGUGUUAACUGUGCACCACAAGCCAGCUGAGAGGAGCUCGGUGUGCGAGGUCAGCUUUGGGCAAUCAUAUUACGUGAAAUGCAACAUCAUAAAUUUUUGUCACAGUGAUGCUGAUACUUCCCAAUGGUGUUUCAUCUCGAUGUUUAUGAUGAGUGCCUGUUUAAAAUGUCCCAGGCUUCUAGCUUGACUUCUUUUCCUCUUUUUUUUUUUUUUUUUUUUUUUUUUUUUUUUUUUUUAAGGCAGAGUCAUGUUUCAUGUAAACCAGGUAAUUCUUUGGGCUGCUUGUAGCAGAUUUUAAAAACCAGCUGCUCUUUGAAUUCCCAACCUGUGCAAGCUAUUGGCAGGAACCAGCAGAGGAUAUUUAAAAGACACAGCGAUUCCUGUCAGUGUGAGGUUUUCUUGCUCAUUAUCAAUUUGCCAACAGUUAGGUCAACAUUUUUCAAGAUGACAGAAGGCUGAAGGAAAGCUUUCCAUGGCCGCUUUUGAAACAUUAGAGUGAGCAUUUCUCUGCAUUCUUCUUGGUUUCCCGCUGUCUAGGUUUUUUUGAGGGGGAACCGUAAAAGUAGACAGGCUUUUGAUGGCUUGUGAGGAAGAUGUAAGCUGACUCUUAAUAGGGUGUCUGAAGAGCUUGUGCAUGAGCAACAGCAAGCCAAGGCAGAAAACCAAGCAGCCGGUCAGGAUAUUAAACACAUCCUGGGUCGUGGCAGGGUGAGAUCUUGUCAGUAUUUACUUGGCACAGAGUCACAGGGCCAAAAGGGACUUGGAAGCAUCAGCUAGAGAGUUUCUCUGCCCUAAGGCAGGUUGAGCUAUAUUUAUCGCACACCUGACGAGUGGGUGUUGAAUCCAUCCUUAAAAGCCCUUGAUAGUGGACACUCAACCAUUCCCCCUGCUGUUUCUUCCAGUGCUGGACUGUCUUUUCUUUUUGAGGGUGGUUUAUUCCCCCAGUACCCAAAAAUUUGAGGGUAUGGGAGCAAAGAUGGUAUCUUCAAGAGAUGUUGGAGAAACAUUUUAACUGUUUUCAUAAAUGCAACCUUAGAAAUAAUGACCAGAUAAAAUCUGAGACAAGAUUUUCAAGGAGCAGCAGCCCAGCUUUAUUGCAAGCCACAGGACUCCUCCAUGCCUUUGAAAAUCUCUUCCUUCGAAUCGUGUGUCAAGUUGACGGUUAAUAGCCAUACCAGAGAGGUUCAAAGAGACCUUUCUCCUCGUGCUGCGUUUUCUAUCUAGCAGUUGCCUUUAAUUUUUUUACAGAGUUCUGACAGUAAAAAAAAAAAAAAAAAACAGAAAACCAAACCAAAAAAAAAAAAAAAAAACACAAAACAAAACAAAAACCCAAACCAACCCAGCUUGCCAGCUUUUUCUUCAGUACCCUUUUCAGACACUACGAGUCCAUCACUAAAGCCAUAUUGUGAGGAGGAAACCAAAGGAGAGCAGCAUCCGUUUCCUGAGGCGGUGCUUGUGCCAGCCACGCCGAGAGGCUGGUGAGCCGGCGGGCGCCGGAGCCUGCCCUCACCCUACAGCCGUCCUCCCCCAGCUGCCCCACGGGUUUGGAAAGGGGCGCUUUCCUGGCUGUCCUGGCAAGAGGGUGCUGGCGAGGCACCGCCUGCGCUCGCAGCCAGGUCCCUGCCUGGUGUCCCAUCCAGCCUCUCCCCGGGAGACGCGGGAAGAGCUGCCUGCGACCGUGUCGGCAGCGCAAGGACCACGACGUCCCUGCGUCCCCGCUUUGGGACGGGGACCUGUGGCUGUACCUGCCAUCCUCGCUCCGGCUUCAAAACCAGGACUAGUGGAAUAGUUUUGAAACGCUGAGAAGACGAAUGGAGCAAGUCGGGCAUGUUAGCAGAAGCGGCGCGCUCCCUUGCUGACAGCGCGCUGAUUUACCCAGGGCGAUGCCACCCUUUGCCGAGGAGCCUCAGACCAUGCUUUUCUCCAUGCAGAGCACCCAUUGCUGGGAACAGGCAUCCAACAGGGAGGGAAAAGGGAGAGCACGUCCCUCAAGCAAGGCGUGCAAUUGCCUUCAUUUUCUGCCCAUCCCGGGCUGUCAGGAAGCUCCCUGCCUGUGCUCCUGGUCGCUGUGGUAGGCUUGAAAGAAACGGGUCAGCAAACCUCUUCCACACCAAUGGUCCAGGCACCGAGCUAAGGUGACCCUGGCCGUGCUGGCAUGCCGCUGGCACCUCUCCUCAGGUCCCACCAGCCCCGCUCCUCUGCGCGGCCCCACGCAGCUCAGAGGUGUGGGGAGGCAAGGGCAAAGCCCCCGGUCCCCGGCGGCAAAGCGGCGUUGGCACCUCGGGCGACGCGCGGCAGCCCCUUGGCCCCGCGCUGCCCGGGGGCUGCACAGGGUGCUGGGGGGCUGCUGAGCUCCAGCCACGCACGGCCGUGGCCUUGCGACCCCACCGAGGAGCAGCAAGAAGCGGCGGCAGAGGUGGCCCUGCGGGCGCUGCCAGGGGCCCGCCGUGCCCGCGGUUCUGCCGCUGCGGCCCCAAGGGCCCCUUCGAGCCGCUCCAUGUGAUGCUACGGACCUGGGCACUGAGCCCCGGGGAGGCACAGGGACAGGGUGCUGUAUCGAAGAGCUGAAAUAAGUGAUACCAUCGGCAGGACACGAAGCAGAGGCCCCGGGAACAUUGUCCACCUACGGGUGGCUUGCUCCAGGCGAUGCCUGGCCCAGCUGUGGGCGUGGAUCUGGCAAGGAAUGUAGGUGGGUGAGGGACCCAAGUCUAUUUAGACUAUAAGAGCCUUUGACAAAACCCAGCGCAACUGUGUGCCAACCAAAGGCUGACUUUUUAAGGGCAGUAUCUCCCUGGACAGCCUCCUGCAGUAGUUGACAAUCCCAGAGUGCUGAGAGAAGAAGCGUUUAAGGGCUAAAAAGGAAACAGGUGCAAACAGAUCAAUGUUCGGAAAAUGCGAUUUCCUCAACGACCUUGUGAGUGAAAGGCAUGGCACUGUAAAAGGGGAGACGAAGUGUGUGGAAGGGAUGAACUGCUUUGUCCCAAGCCCACUAAUUACCCUGGCAAGGAUGGCCAAGCCCAAGGAGUUUUUGGCUCCUGGUUUCACACACAAACCAUGAAAUGAGGAUGGAUGCCUAGCAAGCUGCACUUCAGUUACAAAUUAACCAGUAUGUUCAGCAGUACCCGGCUUUCACUAUGGAUAUAAUCAUCAGGGAUCCCUGGGGAAGGAAAAGCAUUUUCCUCUGUGUUUCAGUUUCUCUCCUGAUUUGAUAGACUCUUAAUCCCUCGCGCUCCCCCUGAUUUCCUCACUCCUGCUCAGCCCUAGCAACCCUGCCCAGGAUAAGCAAAAAUAGGUUGUGGUGGUGUCGAAAGCGACAAAAAAAGGCUGCGCUGCAGCAGAUCAACUGAAAGAUGACUUCCAAGUUGCACCCUUUUCCUCAGUAGUCAAAAAACCACAAGAGCAGCCAGUAAAGAUGACUCUUUAGUGUUUUUUUUAUCCAAUGUAAGUUCUUCUCUCUUAAAAUUAGCCCUUUUUUUUUUUUUUUUCCUCCUUCACAGCAUACCAGGGUGCUUCUCAUAUUUUCCCUGCUGUUGAGUAUCAGCAUGUGCUUUGAGUCCUGUAGAGCUGAACAGAUAUUACUAACAGAACUGAAAAAUAACGCUGAUUCUGUAACCCUUGCAGGCACAAAAUUCUUACCAAAAUACAAAACAAGGGGCAUUUCCCUUCUGUUGUGUUUGCACGUUCAUCUGUGUAACACCGAGGGUAAAGCAAGGUCCAGAUACAUAAACAAGAUGAAGUGAUGCUCUGUGGCGAUGCGGGCGCUGAAGUGACUGAGUUUUAAGCAGUGUCUGUACACAGUGGCUUUCCUGGGAUAGGCAGAAGAAUUUACAUCGUGCACAACACAGGCCAGCUCCUGGCCUUUGUGUGUGCCUCUCUUCUGGCGGUACGUACCUGCAUAGUCCUGGUGGGUACCAGGAUGAGACAGGGAAUGAUACCUGCUGCUUUGGGAUAGCUAAAAUUGCUUCUGAGGUCACUGAAAUAGCAAUCAGGAAUUUUCUAGCUUUACUGUUUUGUAAGCAAAGAUGCAGCGCGCAAUGCUGAAUUCAGCAAGGAUGUGUUUGCCUGGCCAAGGGCUAAUGACAGGUGUGCUUUUAAAUACAGCCCAUCCUUCAUUCUCUAAUCCUGCAAAUACAUCCUGUUCCAUCAGGGCGUCCUUCUUUAAAAUACCCAUUUUUAAGCUUCCCUAUCCAAACGUCAGAAUUAUUAUGGGAAACGGUUCAUUUAUUGCCACGCUUUCCUUGAUGCAUGUUUUGUGCUACGCUCAAAAGGUGGUUUCUGCUGGGGGUGUGUUGUGCGGUUUUGGUCAGAUGUCGGUGUUCCUGCCUGGUGGCCUGUGCCAGGCCGGGGGUCCCAGGGGAGCAGAGUGUCCCUUGUUCUGGUGGGACCGUGCCACGUCACGCGGGCUGGAUCCUGGCCUGGUGGGUUGCAGGCUGUGGGGGAUUACCCGGGCACCUGUGAAAACGGAGCCCAAGCCAGAAACAUCCCUCCUGCCCCCGCAACCGUCUCACCCCACUGGGUUUUCUUCCCGAGUGGGAGACCCCCGUGCUCGUGCUGCUGUGUCUUUCCUGGGUCUGAGCCACGUACUUAUUUCAUGCAAACCCGGCUCCUCACCGCUGGGGUGGUACCCGAAGUAGAGCGACUGUGCAUCAGGGGGUCAUCACUGAUUUGGGAAGAGGCUCCUAGAAACCCUUACGGCAAGGAGCGUGUUCAGUGACGUCUGCGUCAUGAACAGAAGCGAUGCAGCACCUCAUGAGCGGCGAAGCCUGGGUAGCGUUGGGCUGAGAGCAAAAUGGCAUCGCUUACAAAAGGGGCCUUGUCCCUCAAUCCUUACUUUCAGUAGAAAAUCCCUCAGAAGAGGUGCUGCCCAUCUGCUCCCGCUUUCCUUUGCGAGUGGACCCCAAGAUGCAAACAGGGAGUGGACUGGAAACGGGUGGCACAGAAGGCACCCUGGGUGUUGCCGGGUCCUAACGGUGUCCCCAGCAAGCAUCUCUCCCUUCCCCGUCCCCUGCUCGGUGGCUUGGGCUUGGCUCUUGGGCAGCAGCAACGGGCAGCGCUCUGCUGCCUGCCUGCCUGCCUGCCUGCUGUGGGGAGUGCCGGGCUGACAUAGCCCCGCUGGAGAUCUGGCCCAAAAUACUUGCAAAGCAUUUCCUCAAGUAGUCGGUUUUAGUUUUAAGAAGUCGUGUUUAAUAGCCCUCAGGCUGUGGGAGGGGGAAGGGUUAUGCCCUAAAAAUAAAAGAAGGCGAAUGGGUGGAUGGAUGCUGCAUGAAGGACUGCUGAGAGUUUGGUGUGGGGUGAGAGGCAUCACAUCUUCCUGAGGGAAAGGAGCCCUUGCGAUGUAAACAACGUAGGCGGGGGGGUUGGCAGGGGAAGCACUUUGACUGAGAAAUAUUCUUUUAGAUUAAACAACAAAACUCUGCAUGCACAUACAGACUAGGUCUUCAUAACGCGGCCAGGCUUUGACAGUGUACUGCAGCAUUAUUGCUAUUUAUAAUCAACAAUUACUAACACUAUAAUCCAGUAAACUUAGUGGUAGCAAUUACAGCAACAUAAAUAGCAAUCCAGAUGACUAAAGGCAUUGCUGUCAAUGCAGAUGGCAGCUAUAGCAUUAGAAAAAAAUUCAGAGGGAAGAUAGCGGAAGUUGAUAAUGCGAGCUUGGGUCUGCUAGUCUUUUAUAUACCGUUUUUAAUAUACUUCCUGAAAUGAAGCUUCAGAAAGGUACACUGCCUCUUUAAAAUUAGUCUAGGAACUACAGGUAGUUCACAUUAUUUUUAAAAUAAUAAAUCUCUAUAUAUAUCUAUAUUAAAAUAUAUAUGUAUACAUAAGUUGGCUAGCCUACCUUGUGGAAAGGCUGCAGCUAAACUAAGUCUGAGCUAAUAUUGUAUUACCAUGGUCUUCUGGUUUGUAGAUAGCCCUUCCUUAUUAGAUGAGGUUCUGUUCUUGCUCCACAGAAGGUGCCUGUGUAUAUAACUCCUUUGUAUUGCUUUCUGCAGAGUCCCUUAUAUAUUUCUUACUACUAAUGCUGUGUAGAAAAGGAAAUCCAGAGAUUUUACUACUGAUAAUUAACCAUAUAAUGGCCAUUAGCAAAAUAAAGAUUUAGUUGUUUGGGAAACAGAUUAUUUAUAUUGUGUAUGGUUUAUUGCCUGAUAACUUGUUUGGUGACUGGAUAUUCUUUUCCUUCUCCUGGUCCUUUUCUGCUUUUUCCAGCUAUGGUGUUUACUCCUCACUUUGAUUAUCUAGCAGGCAAUAAAGUAUAUUGUAUGUUUUGAA